AUGCCGCUGUACAGUAUUUUUAUUGCGGAACGUCUUAAAUACGGUGAGUCCGGCCAGGCAGCCCUCUUGAACUCCUCACGGCGAAACGAUAACGCUGGCGCCGGCCGGUUUGCGUACGACAACAGCGUGAUAUCGGAAUGUGCUGCAAAGGGAGGCGAAUGUGACGAAAGCAAGGGAAGGCCCGUGUGUGGAAGUGACAAUAAGACGUAUCCUACACGCUGUCAUCUGAUCCGUGCGCAAUGUAGUGGACAUCAGGUCGCCUUCAAGCAUCGAGGAUCAUGCAAAGAUGUGUGCAUUGCCUCACGAACUUAUGCUCUCCAACAACGCGCCAACUCCCCGUACACGGUCAAGUACGUACCGAGAUGUCGGGAGGAUGGAACUUACGCACCGGUCCAGUGUAUCGAUGGUGGCGGUUGUUGGUGUGUUAAUGGGCAAGGUAAGCAGCUGCCCAACACCAUGGUUCAGCACGGGAAACCGAUCUGUGUGAAGAAGGGCAAAUCGAACCAACGGCGAUCAUCACCUCGCAACCCGGUUCGCAACAAGCGCAGUUGCAGUGGACUAGAUCGCGCUGUUUUUAACACGAAUCUGCUGAAGCUGUUCCAAAACGAGCAUGUCCGGGUGCACCAGCACAAUCUUACCGGUCCGAUCAACGAAAAGGUGGUGCUGGACUGGAAGUUUGCCGUGAUGGAUCUCAAUGGCAACAAUCUGCUAGACAAGACGGAGUAUCGCACGAUGAAACGACUAAUCAAGAAGGUCGUGAAACCGAAACGCUGUGGCAGAUCGUUCGGUAAGAACUGUGACGCAGACCAGGACGAACGACUAUCGCGCAACGAAUGGUACAACUGUUUAGCAAAAGACGACGUCACACCUCACAACCCGUCGUCACAAUCACCAUCAUCAUCAUCAUCAAUAUCUAGUUCCUCUUCCGGUGGUUCUGGACACUAUACAGUCCCCCAUCUACAUCAUCAUCAACAUCAUAGCACUCUCGGUGGGCUGUCACGCGGCAAUGGUGGCAUGGGUGGUGGGUCUAUCGGUGGUACGGUAGGCGGAGGCGGCAGAGGCGGCGGCGGCGUCAACGGCGGCACCGGCGGUGGUGGUCACUUUCUGCGUGCCGACGACGACGACGACGACGAUUCACAGAAUAUCUCAAAUGAUUUCACUGACGAUGACGAUGACGAUCAUUCAGAGAAUGAGUACGAUUCGGACGAACUGCCCGACAGUGAUAAUGCACUACUGAACGGAUUGCAGUUGCCCGUUAACGGAUUGCAGCCAUACCUGUGUAUGUAUCUACUUACCUUCUUCUCGUCGAUCAUCAUCCUUCUUCCUGAAAUUUCCAACCUUACCGAUAUGGCCAUUUAG